CAUCAUCAGCAACUUCAACCUCCUCCCACUAAACACCACCUCAGUCACGAUUAGGUUCUCUACGAACGCACAUAAAUUACCGUCAAAAUGGAUCAAGCAAAGCUGGCUAGGAUGCAGGCGAGCGUGCGGAUUGGAGGAAAGGGUACUCCCCGCCGCAAGGUCAAGAAAGUCCACAAGUCCUCCGGUGCCGACGACAAGAAGCUCCAGACCACCCUGAAGAAGAUGAACGUCCAGCCCAUCCAGGCCAUCGAGGAGGUCAACAUGUUCAAGGAGGACGGAAACGUCAUCCACUUCGCCGCCCCCAAGGUCCACGCCUCCGUCCCCUCCAACACCUUCGCCCUCUACGGUAACGGCGAGGAGAAGGAGCUCACCGAGCUCGUCCCCGGUAUCCUCAACCAGCUUGGCCCCGACAGCCUUGCCUCCCUGCGCAAGCUCGCCGAGAGCUACCAGAACAUGCAGAAGCAGGCCGGUGCCGAGGGCAAGAAGGACGAGGAUGAGGACGAUAUCCCUGACCUGGUUGAGGGCGAGAACUUCGAGAGCAAUGUUGAGUAAAUCGCAUUUUGAUCUAAAAAUGGAAGAGACAGAGAGAACCUAAAGACAUGAUUGCAUGCCAUGCCUAAUUUGAUACACAAACUCGACCUUGACUUGAUCUUCACAAAAAAGUAGGACCGGACUUUACUCUCAUGUGUUUUUACCUCCUUUGCGAUGAUCACUGUCAUCCUCGUCGGGGUAGGGAACGGCGUUGGGUUGCAGUAGAUGUCAGGAAUGAGAUUAUGGAUAAAGAAUCGGUUGUCCAGCGCCUGAUCACAAGGGGAGCUCGUAUCCUAAUUCGGAGAAAUGUCAGCGUCAACCGCCGGAGUCACUAUUGUGUAGGCGACUGAUUCAAAUUCGGGUACAGCUGUUAAUGCCAGA